AUGGACGAAAACAAAGCCGUUCAAUAUUUGGACUCGUUGAUCGGUCGGACACUACGAGUGCACGCGACUGACACGCGCAUUUUCGUGGGCACCUUCAAGUGUACGGAUGCGGCUCGAAAUAUUAUCCUUGCCAGCACCUACGAAUACCGCUUCCCUUCUCCAUCUACCGUUCGAGACGCGGCCACGGGUACGAAUGAUUCAGCCGCCGGUAGCGCAGAGGAUGCCCCGAACGUCAAAGUGAAUAUGACCAGUCGAUUUAUCGGUCUUGUGGUCGUCCCGGGUCAACAUAUUACGAAAAUCGAGCUGGAAGAGACCCCGCCCAGUCGCGCGCGGGAGGCUUUCAAGAAAUAG